GUUGGUAAGGGAACGAGACUGGACGAGUCGGGACUGGACAGUUGCCCCGGGCGCAGGACUAUACUGGAGAGAACUCCGCUAUGGCUGCGCUCCAGGCGCAGGGAGCCGGGGAGCUGUGCGCGCUUUUGUUUCUGAUCUGUUUUCACCUUGGAAAUGGACUUCACUUAGAGGUUUUAUAUACAAGUAAUGAAAAUGAUCAGAUCUCUCAGCAAGGGUACUUAUUCCAACAAAAAUUAUUCCGACAAAAACGAGAGUGGAUCACUGCUCCUGUGGCCCUUCGGGAAGGGGAGGACCUCUCAAAGAAGAAUCCAAUCGCCAGAAUACACUCUGAUCUUGCUGAGGAAAGACACAUAAAAGUUACAUAUCGUUUCUCUGGACAAGGGAUUACAGAACCACCUUUUGGCAUAUUUGUCUUUGAUAAAAAUACCGGUGAAUUAAAUGUUACUAAGAUUCUUGAUCGAGAAGAAGUUCCAAUGUUUGUACUAACAGCCUAUGCUUUGGAUGAGAGAGGGAACAAUUUAGAAAGGCCACUAGAGUUGCGACUUAAGGUUCUUGAUAUAAAUGAUAAUGAGCCUGUGUUUACCCAAGAUGUCUUUGUUGGGUCUGUUGAAGAACUAAGUCCAGCAAAUACACUUGUGAUGAAAAUUAGUGCAACAGAUGCUGACGAGGAAGGUCAUAUCAAUUCCAAAAUUUCUUAUAAGAUUGUCUCUCAGGAACCUCCUCAACCUUUUGUCUUUUUCCUUGAUAAAGACAAAGGAGAGAUUCUAACAACGGCAUUUGUUCUGGAUAGAGAGAAACAUAGCCACUACAGUCUCAUUGUUGCAGCAACUGAUGGAAAUGGAGAAAAAACAGACAAGCCAGUGAAUCAAGCCAAAGUACAAAUUAACAUUUUAGAUGUCAAUGACAAUAUACCUGUGCCUGAAUUUGAGAUGUACGAAGGAUCAAUUGAAGAAAAUCAAGCAAAUGUGGAAGUCAUGCGUAUAAAAGUAACCGACUUGGAUGAAAUAGGCUCAGAUAAUUGGCUGGCAAAUUUUACAUUUCUUUCAGGAAAUGAAGGGGGUUAUUUCCAUGUAGAGACAGAUGUUCAAACAAAUGAAGGAAUUGUAACUCUUAUUAAGGAAGUGAAUUAUGAAGUACUGAAGACUCUUGAUUUGAAGAUCCUUGUCACCAAUAAAGCACCAUUUCACAAAUCAAUUAGAAAUAAGAUUGAAGCAAAAUCCAUUCCUAUCAAGAUCAAAGUGAAAAAUGUCAUAGAGGGUGUUCAUUUUAGACAACAAAAAAUUGUAAUCCAAACCAGUGAACACAUGGAAAGGUCAGAAAUAGGUAAAAUUAUUGGAAAAUAUCAAGCCUACGAUGAGGAUACUGGACAAAUAGCCCAAGUAACGUAUGCCAAAGGAGAAGAUAUCGACAAUUGGAUCACAAUAGAUUCAGUCACAUCUGAAAUCAGACUUGCUAAAAUUCCUGAUUAUGAAUCUAAAUAUGUCAUUAAUGGCACUUACUUUGCAACAAUCUUAGCUAUAACUAAAGAUUUUCCUAGACAGACAGCUACUGGUACCAUUGAAAUUGUGGUGAAAGAUUUUAAUGAUAACUGUCCAGAGCUCAUAAAUCCAGUGCAAACUAUCUGUGAUGAUACACACUAUGUGAAUGUUACUGCUAAGGAUCUGGAUGGUUAUCCAUAUAGUUCUCCUUUCAGUUUUGCUGUCAUUGACCAACCACCUGGAAUGGCAGAGAAUUGGUACUUUGGACACCAAGAAGCUACAAGUGCAUGGUUGAUACCAAAAGAAUUAAAAGUGGGAAGAAGUGAAAUCCACCUGUCAGUGAGUGAUAAUCAAGGAUUAAACUGUCCUGAAAAGCAGAUCCUUACAUUGACAGUUUGCAGCUGUGUGAGUGGUAGUGGCUGCAUUCUACCACUAGAGGAUAGUUAUGUAGGACUGGGAUCUGGAGCAAUUGGGCUCAUGAUUUUUGCACUUCUUCUGUUGUUACUUAUACCCUUGUUACUGCUUCUCUGCCACUGUGGGGGAGCAGGAGGAGGAGCCAAAGGCUUCACAGCCAUACCUGGUACUGUAGAAAUGCUGCAUCCUUGGAACAAUGAAGGAGCACCACCUGAAGAUAAGGUAGUGACAUCUCUCAUAACAACAGAUCUUGCAGGAAAUUCUGGAGCAUCUGCUGGAGGAGGAAGUAGAACGGGAGUCUUGAUAAGCAGCGAAACAACUAGGAGAGAAAGUAGCUCAGGUCAUCGUACUAUGACUAUGGUAGAUGGAGGAUGGGAAGAGCACAGAAGCCUUCUGACUGGUGGAAUUAAAAGAAUUGGAGGGGUGACUGGAGCCAGGAGAGAUGUCACAACUGUGGGAGCAGCUGCAGCCAUGAGUGGUGCUACAAUGAUGGGGGCUUCUGGAGCCAUGGGGACUAUUGGAUCCAGGACAAACACAGCUGCACUGAAUGAAGAAUUUAUGAGAAGCUACUUCAUUGAGAAAGCUGCUUCCUAUGCCGACAAUGAUGAAAUUCAAACAGGGAAAGACUGUCUCCUAGUUUAUUCUCAGGAAGAAACUCAAUCUCCUCGUGAUUCUAUUGGGUGCUGCAGCUUCAUUGAAGCAGAAUGGGAUGACCAUUACCUGGAUGAUUUGGGAAUUAAGUUCAAGACACUAGCAGAAAUAUGCACAGGUCAAAAAAUAGAGACAGAAACCGAAAGUGGCCUGAAAUAUGAACUUCCCACUGAAGCUAGCAUGAAUGCAGUUUCACAUUCAGUUUAUGAGCAGAAUACCCUUCAGGCAGAAAAGUCCCAUUCCUCUUCUAGCAUCAGCUUCUCAGCUCCCAAACCAAUAAAUGAAUCCAUUUCAGAGACCUUGACUCAGGAAUUAGUCUCUGAAAGAACCUUAUCUUCCAGACAGGGGUUGAAGGUGGCAAGAACCCUCCCUGAUCCCUUGCCUGUUGGAAAUAUUGUUAUAACAGAGAGGUCCUAUGGCACUGGCUCCACAUUGCCCCCCAGUACUCUCAUCCUCAGCUCCAAGCAGCCCCAGAGCCUUAUGGUCACCGAGAGGGUCUAUGCUCCCGCUUCUAGUUUGGUGGACACACAGUUUGUCCAGCACCAUGCUGGUGAAGGCAGUGUAGUGGUCCAAGAACACAUGAUCCAACCUAAUGGUGGUCUGUCUAAUAGCCUAGGAAGCACUCAGGAUCUGUCCGAUUCCCAUUAUGUUGUUGUGAGGGAGAGAGAAAGGUUCCUGGCCCCGAGUGCCAGCCUGCAGCCCAUUCAGACGAUCCCCAGUCUAGCAGUAGGACAGAAUGUGACCGUUACAGAGAGAGUGCUCACUCCUGCCUCCAAUCUGCAAGCCUCAAAGACUGUGGUUUCUGGAUCUGGAACACUAGCCCCCUUGCAAAAUUUAGAUUUUCAGGAAUCUGUUCCAUCUAAUUCUAGUGUAACCAUAUCUUCCAGCAGAGUUACCAAACAUAGCACUGUCCAGCAGUCUUAUUCAUAAAACAGUAAUCAGCCCUCCACCUGCAGCUAGCAAUUUUAUCUUUUCAAAGUGCCUUACCCCUGGGUGAGCCCUUUCUGCUCACAGAAGUCUCCAGUCACUUAUAACUGAGUCAGUGAGCAAAGGCCCAGACAGACGGCCUCUGCAGUCUACUUUUGGGCCUGUAUACAGAAAUGAUCUGCUAGGGUCAUGAAAAUGAUCACAUUAAUUAAGUGGCCUAAUAAUUCAUUUCAAUUCCAUUCAGCAAGAAUGUAUUAAGUGCCUUUUCUGUGUCAAGGCAUUGUAUUAUGUACUGAGAUACAAAGACAGGAAAAAAAAAAAGAACCUUCUGUGUUCUGCUGGGGGCAGUAAUAAUAUUAUUAUCAUAAAUAACAUUUAUAUAGUGUUUACUGUGCACCUGGCACUGUGCUAAGUAUAAUCUCAUUUGCUCUUCACAAUCAUCCUGGGAGUUAAAUGCUACUAUUUUCAUUCCCAUUUUACAGAUGAGUACACUGAGGCAAACAGGUUAAGUAAUUUUCCCCAGGUCACACAAAUAUUAAGUGCCUCAGGCUGUAUUUGAAUUAAGGUUUUCCUGAUUCCAGACUUGGAUCUUUCUGAACCACCUGGCUACCAACAGACAAAAUAAUUGGAGGGAGAUUGAUCAACUACUAAUUAUGAAUAAAAAUUAUGAAUAAGUAUGAAUAACUAAUUAUGAAUAAUUAUGAAUAACCUCUGAUUCAGCAAAUAUGAAAUACCUAACAUAUUGAUCUAGAGAAAGGAGAUUUGCAGUCCAUUUAGUUCCUACAAACAUAUAUCUAUUUUACAAAUCAAGAAGCUGGCCCAGGGAAACCUUAAGUGAAUUGUCAUGAUCUACACAGAUAGCAAUCAAUGGAGAAGGUAUUUGAAUCCAGAAGUUUGUCACUUUUUUCAUUAAGUGUUUUGGAUACCAGGGCAGGCCCUGGAGAUACAAAGGUGAAAUAAAAUAAUACAUUCCUUCCUUCCCCCCUCCCAACUUCAAGGAGAAAAAUACCUGCUAGAGAACAUUGUUGAAAAUAGAGUUAAGAAGUUAUCCAAGUUGGAUGAGCUUCUGUUGCCUUAUGCCCCUUUUCUUAUCCCCACAAACUCUUUAGAGACCUUGUGUCUUAUACUGUGCUUUCUAUAAUAACCAAUUUCCCCAGAGACUCCUAAUUCAAGCUUAUCUUGUUCUCCCAAGUCUGCCAUUGUACUUACCCAAAGAUUCUAAUCCAUCUGUGAGAUGAACUCAUUUGGAGGGCUUUAUCUGACCACACUGAUUUUUAUUUUCACAGAAGGUACCACACUUUUCCUUUUCCUCCUUUUCAUUAAAAAUAUAUACUUAAAACCCAAGUGCUUAAUCCUAGCCAAUUUUUCUUUAAGUUAAUUUCAAUUACUUUUCCUAUAGCAUGAAAACAAGUAUAUAGAAUAGUUCUUUUUUAAAUUAGACAAUUAAGACCCAAUAUAGCUAAGCCAAUAGACCUUAUAUCACAGUUAUUUUCCUACAAACAAUCCCUUCCUCUGAUCCGAUUUCUUCAAAUGCUGCCAAUACUAUAUAGAAUUUGCCUUCCAAAUCCAAUGGUAAAUUCCAGUGAAAUUUGAGAGAUUCUGUCUGAAAUUAAAGCUUUGACUUGAAGGAAUCUGACUUAUACUUACAUGCUGGGAACUUUAAGUUACACAUUUGCACUUUCCCCUUUUAAAAUUACUUUGUUCUUAAUUAGGUCAUAUUUUUUACUUUGCUUGAUGUUAAAAUUCAAUUUUUUCUUUCUUAAUUUUUGAAGACUCCUUUGCCAAAGAAAACUUAGUUAAGUUGAUUUAAUUCCAGAAAAAUGUAUUAAGUGCUUAAUAUGUGUACUUAAUGUCAAUACUAUAUUGAUAAUAUAUAUUUCAGAAUACAGGAUAUGCAUACAUGUAAAUAUUUCUUGCACAGAAAAUAUUUCAGUAAUUUAUAAUAGAACUUUACAGAAUUUGUGGUGAUAGGACUUUGUAGGUAUUUUUCUGGAAAAAAUAACUUUUUAAAUUCCCAAUUAUAUUUUUUAAUACUUAUUCACUUAAUCCAAGUGAUUUUCCUGAUACCUGUCAUCUAGAGAAUUUAAUAGACUUUAAACAUUUCUCACUCCUAUUAUACAGAUAAAAGUUGAUUUAUUUUAGCUUUGAUUUACCACCUCACUCCUGUGCAGUAAAAUGGGUAUGAAUGAUUUGCCUACCAUGCCUAAUUGAAAUUUUCCCUAUAAAUGAAAAAAAAAAAAUCUAUCAUAUCACAAAAUUCCUUCCUACUUCUUUUUUUUUUAAGUGAUGUCAUAUUAUAGGACUUUAGAACAAGAAGGUUUUCUAAUCCAACCUCUUCAUGUUAACAGAUGAGGAAAUGGAGGCCUCGUUAUGUGAUUUGCCCAAGAUUAUACAAAUAGUAAGAGCUAAGAUUGAAACACAGAUCUUUAUGACUUCUAAUGCUGUGCUUUACAUGUUAUGGUAGUAUAUAUUGUUUUUCCUCUCAUUUGUAGCUUUACCAGUUUUGUUUUACCUAAUAUCUCAUGGAUUCUAAUUCUAAUUUGUGUGAGCAUUCAAGUCCACUGACAUGGACUAUAAUUUUUCCAGGCCUUAGUGGACAAGUCUGUGAAUUGCUGUGGGCAAAAAUAUUCAAUUUUUGGUAUCCUCACCAGACUUACAUAGGUUGGUCCUUGGAUGAAACUUGGUCUGAUUUCAUGCCCUGAACUAACAUUUCCAGCUUAGAAUGGAUUCAGCCAGUGUUUGCAUUCUGUUGGUAAAGCCUUUGAGAAUAAUAGGACACUUCCAUGUCCCAGUGAAACAUUAGCAUCCUUAAUGGAAUUUUACCAAAACUAGAACAGAAGUAAAUUGUGUGUGAAAUUUGAAAUGUAAGGAAAUAGGAGAAAAAAUGAAGUUGGCUUAAGUGGAACUUGAGACUUAAAAGGGCAAAAUAUUAAAACUAUAAAAGUUUGAAUAAUUUAUAUUGUAUGUAUUUAGUUUUACACUGAAAUAAUCUUUUUUUGUUCCUGAAGGGAUUGCUAGUUAGUUUUUACAUUGUUCUUUCACAUAAUUGCUUUUUUAGGUAUUGUCAUGAAAAUUUUAAAUAAAAAGAAUAUGGCAUUGUCCCUU